CUUUCGAAAUGUCGCAUACGAAUGACGUCACGAGCCAUGCACGCAUGCACAGUGCCGCUCGAACGCUGACGCAAGAUAUAGCUUCUGCCUGUGUGUGUGGGAACCUACCAAGAAACUGAAAAGUAGACUGUUUUAUAACAUAUUCCAACAAACAUGUCCGGAGACGAGAUGAUUUUCGACCCCAACAUGACCAAGAAAAAGAAAAAGAAGAAGAAGCCUUUCAUGCUGGAUGAGGAAGGAGGAGACGGGGUGGGAGGAGAGGAGGUGAAGGAGGUGGAGGUGAAAGAGAUUGAACCAGAGGCCGGUGACGACAAGGACCUGGACUUUGAUGAAGAGGACGUCAGAAAGAAAGAAUCAUCUGACGACUUGAAUGACCUCAACUUCUUCAACCAGAAGAAGAAGAAGAAGAAACCCAAGAAAGUCUUUGACAAUGAUGUCGAGGAGGGGAUGAAAGAGCUGAAAAUUGAAGGGGAACAGAGCGACUUGCUGGAGGAGGACAACCUGGAUCUGAUGCUUCCCGCCAAGAAGAAAAAGGCCAAAAAAGUCGAUUUUGAUGGAGAACCUUUGGAGAAGGACGACGUACUGGAGGAUGACGAGGGCAAAAAUAACGACGGCAUUUCAUUCAGCUCCAGCACAGGACCAGCAUGGGCGGGCUCUGAACGAGACUACACAUAUGACGAGCUCCUAAACAGAGUUUUCAACAUCAUGAGGGAAAAGAACCCCGACAUGGUGGCCGGAGAGAAGAGGAAGUUUGUCAUGAAGCCCCCUCAGGUGGUGCGAGUGGGAACCAAGAAAACCUCCUUUGUCAACUUCACAGACAUCUGCAAACUCUUGCAUCGUCAGCCUAAGCAUCUCCUUGCCUUCCUAUUGGCUGAGUUGGGGACAAGCGGUUCCAUCGACGGAAAUAACCAGCUUGUGAUCAAAGGAAGAUUUCAACAGAAACAGAUAGAAAAUGUCUUGAGAAGAUAUAUCAAGGAAUACGUCACAUGUCACACCUGCCGCUCCCCCGAGACCAUCCUGCAGAAGGACACCCGCCUCUAUUUCCUGCAAUGCGAGACGUGCCACUCACGCUGCUCUGUUGCUAGCAUCAAGACUGGCUUCCAGGCCGUGACGGGCAAGAGGGCGCAGCUGCGCGCGAAAGCCAACUGAAAGGUGCCCCCAUCCUCUCCCCCCAGCCACAAACACACCUUCCCAUCUUCUGGUUCUCCCCCCCAAUCAUCAUCGCCUCAGAAGGGCGUUCAAGGCUAUGGCGGGAGAAUUUUCCUCCAUUUUCAAAAAGGACUUAAUGCAUUCAAGCGCGGGUGGAUUUGGCUUGUUUCAGUUGCAUUGGCCGUUGCAAAAUGGCCACCAUCAGCAUUGUUUGAUGCAUUUGGAUUAUUUGAAACCUCUACUUUUUUUUCUUUUUUUUUUGCUGUAAUUGUUGAUUCCUGCAAUUAAAAUCUGAUUUAUCAAA